UCAUCUGAUUAGAUAAAGAGGGCUUGGUUCUGCUACGGAAUCACUCAAACCCCGGCGCAAGUUUCACUUUGUUACGUACAUUUUUCACGGCGAAAGGCGGGUGCCGAGAAGUCCGCAAGCAUGGUGUCCCCGCAGACUAUUGGGAGUAUAGUGAUCAAAGUGCUAAAGUUGGUUCUCAACCUUAUCAUACUAAUCCUGUAUCGUACAGGAUACGGUGGCGAGUUUCUAGGCGUCGGUGGAACCUGGAACUUGAACGAGGACAAAAAUCCCGAUGCCGAGAUCGUCGCUUCCGGCGUAUUCGUCGGAUUCUUCAUCUACACGAGCGUCAUCCUCGUCAGCUACUGUUUUGGCAAUUCCGAUCACAAAAAGACUCUCGUUGAAAUCAUCAUGAAUUUCGUCGGGACUUUCAUGUUCGUGGCUGUGGGUGGAACAGCUCUACAUUACUGGCACGGUUAUCAACCUGAACAGAAAUUCAUAUACGAUGCGCCAGAGAGGCAGAUCGGCUUGGCCGUGGGCUCGUUGUGCGUUUUAGAAGGCGCAGCAUACCUGAUGGACUUAAUAUUAAGCUUUCUUCAAUACGCUAAGGCGGAAUUUGAAUAGGAAGGAAUAGUAUUACAAGAUCAAAUAUCUUUUUGAUAGACAAUAUUUACGAAAAAUUUUCCAUUUCAUCAACGCCAUCUCAUGCUGUACAGUCGUGGAUAUGUCGGUUGCGACACUUUUUUUUUAAUAAGUUUCGAAACGCACUAAUAUUUUACAAAUCAUGCGAACCACGAUUGGUGUAUGUAUGUGGUGUAUGUUACUGCUUCUAGAUUAAAGAUAGUAACACCAUAUGGUUCGAAUUUGCAAAAUAUUAGUUACCUAUAAAAUAUAUAUUUUAUAUAUUAAGUAUAUAAAAACCUAUGAAAAAAGAGUGCAGUCGCAACCGAUAUGUUCACGAUUGUACAACUAACAAUAUAUUCCCAGAAAAAAAGUUUCACAUAUUAAACUCUGUUACAAUUAGAUUACGUUCCGAUGACUCCGAGUAUAUUGUUAGUCACGUUUCUGCACAGGAGUUUCUCUCUUCGCAGAAAACGCAAGUAACCUUGUCCUUCUUUGAGGAGAGACAAAGUUUUCCUCAUUACACACUUUUAUACAUAUUUAUAUUCAUACGGAUAUAUAUAUACGUCCCACUGAAAAAAACAUGUAACGUAUACGAAAUAAAAUUUAUUACAAAAUUUGUAAUAAAAUGGCUCAGAAUAUAUGUAUAUUAUUCAUGUCAUAUACUUAAGGCAUCAUUCUAACGAUAUUCCUCACUUAUCACUAUUCGUGUCGCCGUAUCGUCUUAUGAAUAGACAUUAAUUCAAUGACUUUUCCUUUUUUAAGAAAGUUAAUAUUUUUAGGUAUUCUCGCAUUGCGACGCCUAUGAAAAUUUAUUUCUCCUUGACAUGUCUGGUACUUCUUUUUUUCCUCGCGUCUAACGACCGAUAAUACGUAUCGGGCCAUGUAUCGGGCGAUUAUUAUGCGCGUGUCCCCUUUGUUUAACGAAGGUGGAAACGAAAGAAAUGCGAAGGAGGAAACGUAGAAAGUGUGACUAAAAAUAUAUGACUCACACCCUUUUCGAAGCAAACGACUCCACCGUAAUGUUCCACCGGAUGAUUUCAUCAUGGGGCCCUUUAAGAUCCCUCCUCCCCCCCUUGCGUCGUGCGCGACCAAUUAAUCUACUUGACCUGGCGAUCGUCGCGGGUGACCGGCACGAUUACACACCCACCCACAGGGCAGCCGGGCACGAGUAAUCCCGUUAAUUACGGAGGUCACGCCUAAUUUGACUAAAGUUAUAAACUUAACAUAUAAUAGGAUAAAUGUCUCUUGAACAUAACUACUUACCGUGUAGGAAAAAGAAGGGGGGGGGGGGCAAAGAUGCUUAAACCUUCAGCCUUAAUCCAAGGUUGGAAUAUUUUAUUCUUUAAAAUAAAUUGUGUUCUGCAGAUAUGUAAUUACCGGGCAUAAUCGGAUUGGAGAGAGAAUUGAAUUAUUGUUUUAAAUAUUUUAAACAAAAGUUUGCGAUUACACAUGUCGAGUAAGUCCGACAAUUUAUAACGGAAGGGCACGCAAAUAACUUUUAUAGUGGUUUAUGUAAUUUUAUAUAAUUUUUUUUGCUGCGAUGCUCUUUAAAUACUGUGCAAUAUUUUAGGAGUCGAUUUUUGAGAUCAUUUUAUAAAGAAAAGUUCAUAUGAAUCUUCAUAUCUUCGAAUAUCUUCGUUUCAAAAAUGAAGCUAAUACUCUAUACCUAUUUGUUGAACCCUUUUCCUUGCCAAAUUUGAAAAGAAAACUGUUCAUUUAAAAUAAAAAAAAAACAAUUUUAUAGAAUAUUCUACAUCUUUGAAACCAGGCCUUAAAGAUCAUAUAAAAUUUCCUUCAUAAAAUAGUUUCAAGAAACAACUUCCAAAAUAUUGGACAGUACUUAAGAAAGUUUAUAUAAUACUUUAUAUAAUAAUUACAUUUAUAUACAUAAUAAUUAUAGAAUUUCUAACAUAACUUCUAUCAAAAUUCUUUUGCAUCCCGCGAAUAAUGUCAUGUUGUGAUUUCUCGUUUUAUCGUGAUUAAUUCUUGAAUUACUUUUAUUACUAUUUUUUAUUAUUAAGACGGAAAAUACGAUCGAGUCUAAGAGUCAUAAAUCGUAGACUUCGUUCCUCUCUUCGAGUUUAUAUCCCGUACCGUUGCGAAUCUUAUUAUUUGGUCUGAAGAACAAGUCAAUAUAAGAAAAAAAAUACAUUGUGCGUCGUAAUAUUGUCGUCGGGUUAAAUUAUUAUAAGCGUUUGUAUAACCGUCGAAAAGUAACUGCAAUCGCGUACUCUUCGUAAAUGUUUCAUUGAGGACAAGUUACAUUGGCAUAGAUACCCAGAUAAUCGCAAUAUAUGGAAAGUAAGAGAUUGUGCAGGGGACUCGUCGUAUAUACAACGUGCGGAUCGAUAUCAUGACGAUUCGUUUCUGGCAAUGUUAGUUAAAGCGAGUACAGCCUACAAUGUAUAUAGCUGCAAGUCGAAGCCGUGUAUUCUCUCUUACUUAGUAAUAAGCUUCUUCUUUUAUAGACAUUGCAAAAACCGGCAGACGAGAGAAAAAUCAAUUUGCGAAAGUGUACAAGAUGAUUUCAAUUUUAAACCAAAAGUUGAUUUAAAUUGAUUUAAACCAAUUCUAAAAUUAAUUACUUUUUCUUAGCAUUUCACCUUUAGCGUGUGUAUAACAUUCUUGAGAUAUUAAUUUUUUUUGAAUAAACUAAUUUUUAUACGUAAAAA